AAACCCACUUUUUUACUAUGACUAUGUGCAUUAUGGUGGAGGCCAACUUUCCUGGGUAUAAAAGAAAACUAAUACCUUAGUAGUGGUAUCAGUUUGUCUCGUCGCGUUGUCAUUGAAAUUAAUAUAAUAAGUGCCGGACGAUCAAAAUGAAGGUCCUUCUCUGUUUAACUGCGAUUGUAUGCACUUGCAGUGGUGGAAUAACUAGUGGAUAUGAUGGCAAUUCAAUAGUGAAAUCAAUAGAAAUUGAGCCCCAACAACUGCAGCACAUACAUCAGGUGCAGGUCAUCGAGCAAGGGCAGCAUGGUUCUGAAGGAGUUCCAAUUGAAUUAUUUGACUCACAAAAUGUCCAAAGUGGAGCCGAGUUCAGUGGAGGAUUUAGUGGAAGUCAAAGUGGAGGUCAAAGUGGAUGGCAGCCCAUAGCUGACAUUCACUCUCAAAAUUCCGAACCAGAAAUCAUCAAAAUCAUUCACGAGCAGGCUCCCAACACUCAUGGCAGGCAUGCGGGAUUCGAAACACAAUCCCAUCAGCAGUUCCAGCAUCAAAUCAUACAAAUCAUCGAGGAACCAUCAUUUGGCAGUAACCAUCAAGGUGGAAACCAUCACCAAAUAAUAAAGGUCAUUGAAGAGCAUCCAUUCAGUGGACAUGGCGGUGGAUCGAGCGGCAGCAGUGGCCAUGGUGGCCAUGGCAAUAGCCAUGCGUUCGAACCUAACUUCGGCGGACACGGCUCACCUUCCCAAUCGGAACCACAAAUUAUAUUUGCCGAUCCCCCAUCCAUUCCUUUCCCAUCCAGUUCCGAUACCUCGUCAAAAUCCUUGAAUCCCCUUAGUUCCUUGGGGUCGGUUAUCCCUCAAAUUUUGAAAUUCCUUUUUGGCGGUGGCGGUGAAUCAAAGUCAUUGCCAUUACCAUCAUUGAGCGGUCAUAAGGCAAUAAAUACCCCUCAUGCUGGUAAAUUGACAAAUGCUUAUGGUUAUGGUGGAACAGCUAAAAUUUCCAAGGGAGGAAAGUUGCAUAAACACUUUUACAACUCUGGCCGAGUGAUAGAGAGGGGGACUUUGAAAAUAUCUUCGGUUAAAAAAGGCAAAUGGUAGUUUAGGCUUGAAUCUUGCAUCAGCUUAUGUAUACUUGAAGUCUUUUGUUUGUGUUGCCAAAAUAUUCAGUCAUUCAUCUUAGUUUAAGUAUUUAUAUAAUCACAAAUUAGGAAAAGACCAUUUUAUAAAUAAGAUAAUAAAUUGUAUUUAAGUAGAA